CCCCUCUCAGGCUUCUCCAGCCUCUCAUUGGUGGACCAGAUGUCGCUGCUGCAGAGCGGUUGGAUGGAGGCGCUGCUGGUGGGCGUGGCCUGGCGCUCGCAGAGCUCGGCGGGGGAGGAGCUUGUGUUCGCUGACAACCUGCGCCUGGACGCCGCCCAGUGCCGAGCCGCGGGAUUGGCCGAGCUGCACGCGGCGCUGCGACACCUGGCGGCCAGGUACCACGCCAUGAAGCUGAGCCCCGAGGAGGUGGUGACGCUGAAGGCCAUGGCGCUCGCCAACGCUGACGCCGAGCCGGUGGACUGUCCGGACUCGGUGCAGCGGUUCCAGGACUGGCUCCACGAGGCCCUGCAGGACUACGAGUCGACCCGGCGAGAGCAGCACCGGGCGGGCCGGCUGCUGAUGAGCCUGCCCCUGCUGCGCCAGACCGCCGGCCGAGCCGUGCAGGUCCUGCUGCGGCUGCACCGCCACCGCGGCGUCCCGCUGCACAAGCUGCUGCUGGAGAUGCUGGACGCCAAGACCUGAACACACUGGGGGGUCUAGACCAGUUCAGACGGAGGGG